AUGGAGCUGGCGGUGCGCGAGGAGGACUAUGCCACGGCGGCAGAGGCUAAGACAGAGGUGGACAUGCUGCGGGAGCGGCUGCCCUCUGACAAGCUCGUGCUGGCCAGCCUGCUGGAGCGCGUGGAGGGGCAUGUGGACGGGCGGCAGCAGCCGGGCGGCGGCCAGGGGCGUCAGGCGGCCAUCCGGCAGCUGGGGGACCUGGGAGACAUGGCCGCCUGCCCCGCCCUCAGCACCUGCCUGCAUGACAGCGACGCCUCCACGGCGGAGGCGGCAGAGGAGGCGCUGUGGGCCAUCUUCAAGCGGUGCCCCACCCCCGAGAUGGAGCUUCAGAUGCAGCAGGGCGAGCUGCUGAUACAGCGGCCCGAGCAGUGGGAGCAGGCGCUGGCGCUGUACACCGAGCUCAUCGCCAGGCAGCCCAACUUUGCAGAACUGUACAACAAGCGCGCCACGGUCCUCUACCUCAUGCAGCGCUACCACGCCGCGGUGGUGGACUGCCGCGUGACGCUGCAGAUGAACCCCUGGCACUGGGCCGCCGCCUCCGGCAUGGGCAUGUGCUACGGCGCCGUGGGCGACACCAAGGGCGCCGUCACCGCCCUGGAGCACGCCGUGUCGCUCAACCCGCGCCUGGGCCACCUCAAGCAGCACAUCAUGCAGCUGCGGCAGAUCCUGCGGCAGGAGGAGGGCAAGCAGAGCAGCGAGUGA